CUUCUGCUGGCCAAGAAUGUCGGUCAUCUUCACCAUGAUGUUUCGAUUUGAAUUGGCGCUUGCAUAAAAAGACACAAGUGCAGGGGCGCGCUUGCCGCUCAUGGAAAUGAUGCUCACAUGAGAGACACAAAGGUCCGCUGAAAACACCAGAGUCUCGAAGGAGUUGGCCGGAAUGUGGUGGCCGUGGAAACGGGAGGAAGACCCUGAACUGACAGGGCAGCCAUGCCAUGCACAGGCCUGCGCCAUCCAGAAGUGCCUGAGCAAGAACAACUUUGACUCGCACAAGUGCAUCGAUACCAUCCAAAAACUGCUCGCCUGCUGCCAGGAGCAUCAAAACAAGCCCAAGCACUGCGCAGAGAUGUCCGGGCUUCUAAAGGAAGCAGAAGCGAAGACAGUGAAGUAGACAGGGAACAGGACCGGCACACAAGGUUCACAGACUCCUAGCCAUUGGGUCAGCGGAAUUGCGCGGGAGCUAUGCUCAGGCGACUGGUUGCUCGGUCGGUCCAGAACGUGCGCACAGCUCUAGCAUGGAACUUGGACGUCCCUGCGGAGGCGACGCUGUUCCAAUUCAAGACGCAGGCUGACAUUGACAGGUGGACGACAUACAACGACCAGGAGCUGGGGGGGCUGUCGACGUCUUCUUGGGGCCUGGACAAAGAUGGAACAAGCGCAGUGUUUGAAGGCGAGCUGUCGACCGAGGUCUCGGAGGCCAAUUCACACCGGAUGAAGCGAAGCGGCUUCAGCGGCAUCCGCACCGCGCAGGACAUGCCCCCGCUCGAUCUGGAAGCGUUUGACACGCUCGCAUUCCGGUUGCGGGGAGAUGGGCGCUCCUACAUCUCGAACCUCCGAACAGACAACUGGGUCGUGCCCUAUGCUCGAGACCACAACGUCUGGCAGGCGUUCCUCGCCACCUCCAAGGGCGAGUGGACCACCGUUAAAGUGCCGUUACAGAGUUAUUUGCCCACAUGGCAAGGCCGCACGAUUGACGCGCAACUAGAGAUGGGGACGUCGAAAGUGACUCAGUUGGGUCUUGCGCUAGCAGCUCAAGAAAGCGGGGAGGGGGGACACGGAGCUGGGCCGUACCGACUAGAGAUUGAGUGGAUAAAGGGUCUGCGAGAACAUGUUUCAUAAACCUGCGGGAUGCGAGUUGCUCGCAACACGUGCCGUUUCAAUUCUGGCCUUCGAUAUGUGCACUGCGUCAAUGUGGUCGUCUACUAUUGCUGCUUGCUUCACUCCGACCACCAUUUCUAUAGGAGUACGUGGGUUGGAAUCGGAGGUCGGAAUGUUGGCUGUGCAAUCAGCCAGCUAGCUAGCCUGACGCAUUGUUUAGAGGCCCGCGAAGAUCGCUGCCAGGAUGUGAGCGAACUAUUUGAAAAGUCGUGCCUACUAUCGAACCCGAGUCGAAGAGCCGUGCAGGACUCAGUUUUUCCAGAAGAACAGCCUACAAUUUUAACCCGCUAGCUUGCUGCUUGCCAUGCAGUGCAUGGCACAGGCAUACAUAGGCAUCUCAGAUAUGACCGUCGCUGGUGGCC